CGUAAACUUACAGAACCGGAAGCAACGUGUAGACCUCUUCCCUUUUGCGGCCAUCGCUGGAUCUGCAACGGCCAAAAUGAAGUUCAAUCCUUUUGUGACUUCCGACCGAAGCAAGAACCGUAAAAGGCAUUUCAAUGCACCUUCCCACAUUCGCAGGAAGAUUAUGUCUUCCCCUCUUUCGAAAGAGCUGAGACAGAAGUACAAUGUUCGAUCUAUGCCCAUCCGAAAAGAUGAUGAGGUUCAGGUUGUGCGAGGACACUAUAAAGGUCAGCAGAUUGGCAAAGUGGUCCAGGUUUACAGGAAGAAAUAUGUCAUCUACAUUGAACGGGUGCAGCGGGAAAAGGCAAAUGGCACAACUGUCCAUGUGGGCAUUCACCCUAGCAAGGUGGUCAUCACCAGGCUAAAACUGGACAAAGACCGCAAAAAGAUCUUGGAACGGAAAGCCAAAUCUCGCCAAGUAGGAAAGGAAAAGGGCAAAUAUAAGGAAGAAACAAUUGAGAAGAUGCAGGAAUAAAGUCCUCUUGUAUACAACUUUAAUUAAAAUUGCUAAAAUGAA